GCCCUUCACAAGCUCCUGGUCACACACCUGAUGAAACUCAGACACAGAACAGCCCCUUCAGAGCAGCUUCAGCAGUGUGGGAACAACAGCAGCACACUCAUGCCCACCCCUACACACCACUCAGCCACUGACUUACUCCCUGCUGCUGUUCACAGGGAGGUGAAACACCUUUUUUACUCACUCUGUGCCAACAUGGACUCAAAGGAAGGAGUUUGGAAAGCCAUACCUGUGCUGUUUCACGCCAGACCAGAAAAAGGCAAUGGUGACAGCAAUAUGGAAAGAAACAGCAGCCCCAGUCUCAGCCUGCAGCCUGCCACCCUGCCAACACCCACCCCGAGGGAAGGGCAGCGGGAUGCUCCUGACUCAGCCCAAGCUGCGACCUUCGUGUCAGCUCAGGGCAAAGUUCGCGGGAGCUCCCGGCGCCCAGGGCGGCAGCCGGGGCAGGCUGGUGUCUGUGCAGGCAGCACCACGGCACGGCAGAACAGCGGCUCUCCCCGAAAACUGCCCACCGAGGCAAACCCACCGAGCCAGAGCCCUGCUCCCCCUGCCAGAGCCCUGCUCCCCCUGCCCACCGAGGCACAGCCACCGAGCCAGAGCCCGGCUCCCCCUGCCAGAGCCCUGCUCCCCCUGCCCACCGAGGUAAAGCCACCGAGCCAGAGCCCUGCUCCCCCUGCCCACCGAGGCAAACCCACCGAGCCAGAGCCCGGCUCCCCCUGCCAGAGCCCUGCUCGCCCUGCCCACCGAGGCACAGCCGCCGAGCCAGAGCCCUGCUGGCCGCCCCGAACCCCAUCGGGCGUCACACACAGCCAGCGGUCUGUCCCCAGCGCUCCGUGCUCUGCUCCGCACGGAUCAGCCAAGGACAGGGCUUUGGCACAGCCUUCCCAAGGCUUUACAAGAGUCCCACCUGGGCUCUGCUCGGCGUUUGACCACAACAUCGCACACACCUCUGGGGUAAUUCUAGGGAACAGCAAAAAAUAUCCCUAAAUGGAGA